AUGAAUCUUUCAGAGCUUAGUGAGGAUGCAAGUCUACAAACAGUAGAGGGAAAAGCAGAAGAAGUGCAGAAUAGUAGUAGUAAAGGUGGAGAGCUUUUUGAUCUUAAUUCUUUACCACCAGGAUACAGAUUUAAUCCCACAGAUGCAGAGAUUAUAGUUUUCUACUUGAGGAAGAAGAUUGAUCAUCAGUCAUUGCCACCCAACAAGAUAAUAGAAGUCAAUCUUUAUGGUUAUGAUCCUGAUGAACUUGCAGGUUACUCAGCGAGAUACGAGCCAUCCGGGAAUGAUGAAUGGUUCUAUUUCACUCCAAGGGAAAGGAAAUAUCGGAAUGGGCAACGUCCCAAUAGGUCAAUUGGAGAAGGAUACUGGAAGGCCACCGGAGCUGAUAAAGAGAUCAAAUUUGAGGAUCGAACGGUGGGGUAUCGGAAGGCUUUAGUCUUCUACCGAGGAAGUGCUCAAAACGGAGUCAAAACCAACUGGAUCAUGCAUGAAUUCACAGUUGCUAAACCUCCAGGGCCUCCAAGAAGAAGUGGUGUCAAUGAUAUGAGGUUGGAUGACUGUGUUCUAUGCAGAGUCUAUAGAACAGACGAAAGGAUCUACAAAAGAUCACGGCAUGCGUCUAGGCUUGAUGAAUCAGGCCCAUCAGGCUCUAAGAUUCCGAGACUUGACCUUAACCCUAAUCCUAAUGGGGUCAAUAAUCCAUAUGAGGAGCAGUACUAUUAUAAUAGCAUCCAGAUGCCUCUCCAAGCCCAACAGCAACAACCUAGAACUGAAAUAUUCCAAGCCCCUCAAGAACCAGAUCAUUUUGCUCUGCAAAGCAACACCCAAUACCCCAUCCUGGACCCUAGUGUCUUGAUGCCACUGCCCACUCCUCAUCAGUCUAUACACUAUAUUGGGAACGAAUUUGGAGGUCAGGGUCUAGAUAACUUUGAUAUAAUGAAUGGCGCCAUUGGCAACAGCAGCUUUGAUGCAGGGAAUAGUAAUGAUUUUGGCAACGUCCCUGGGUUCGAUUCAACUGAUUAUGUAUAUCCGAUGAUUGAUUAUGGCAACGAUGCUGCACCGAUGCCUUCAAACAUGAAUGGCAACUACGGCCGGCAGCUAUAGUAGUAGUUAUAUAUGCUGGGUUUUCUGGACAUAGUAGUGUUGUUAUUAUUACAUGUUGGUAGAAUAUUGCAUUUCAUGUCAUUCAUGUAAUCGAAAUUUUUGUAAUAGGAGUAAAUACAUAUAUACAAGUUUGAACCCCCAACACUGGGUUUUUUCCUUUCUU